AUGGGGAGAUUCCAGAUCCUUCAAAUAGCUUUCAUUAUAAUCUGCAAUGUCUUUGUGCUGCCUCACUCAGUGUUGGAGAACUUCACUGCAGCCACCCCUGGUCAUCGCUGCUGGGUCCACAUCCUUGACAAUGACACUGUCUCUGACAAUGACAGUAGGAUCCUGAGCCAAGAUGACCUCCUGAGGAUCUCCAUUCCACUGGACUCCAACCUGAGGCCAGAGAAGUGCCGUCGCUUCGUUCAACCACAGUGGCAUCUCCUAUAUCUUAAUGACAGUUCCUCCAAUGUGACAGAACCAGAUACAGAGCCCUGUAUGGAUGGCUGGGUGUAUGACCAAAGCACUUUUCUCUCCACCACUGUGACUGAGUGGGACCUGGUGUGUCAAUAUCAGAAACUGACUUCGGUGGCUAAAUUUAUAUUCUUCACUGGAGUUUUGACAGGAAAUUUUGUGGGUGGCUACUUAUCAGACAGGUUUGGAAGGAGAUUAAUCUUCAUAUUUGCUUUACUGCAAAUGGCCAUCAUGGGGACCUGUGCAGCUUUGGCUCCCACCUUCUUCAUCUACUGCUUGCUGCGCUUCCUGGCAGGUGUUUGCAUCUUACCCUUAGGCACAAAUAGUAUUUUUCUCAUGGUAGAAUGGACAGGUCCUAAAUUCCAAGCCUUGGUGACAUCGCUGGUCUCAUGUGCUAGUAAUCUUGGAAUUGUAGCAAUGGGAGGUUUGGCAUUUGCAUUUCGAAACUGGCAGCACCUCCAGCUGGUAAUGUCUGUGCCAAUAUGUUUCUUCAUUAUACCCACAAGGUGGCUGUCAGAGUCAGCUCGGUGGCUGAUUGUGACCAACAAGCCCCAGAAGGGCUUAGAGGAACUUAGAAAGGCUGCACACAUAAAUGGAAUGAAGGAUUCUGGAGACAUCCUAACCAUGGAGGUUCUGAGAACCAACAUGAAGGAAGAGCUGGAGGCUGCACAAAAAAAGCCUUCUGUGUGUGACUUGUUCCACAAACCAAACUUGCGAAAGCAUGUGUUUCUUCUGUCUCUUUUGAGGUAGGUUUCACAUGGCAUUCUCUAUUUG